AUGGCUCAGCAGCAUGGGCCUACCGCGCCAGUGGUGGCGAUCGGGAAAAGGAACGGCAACGUUCAGCUCGAUUAUGCGCUGUCGGAGGACAAUCUGAAGCAGCUGGAACCUCUGGUGCAGCGCCUGAACGAGCGCAGCAGCGGGCCCAAGUUCGACCGCAAGGGCCUUGCGCAGCUGCUGGCCGGGCUGCAGCAGUUCAUGGAGGACGCGCUGGGAGUGAACGCGCUGUACAAGCAAUUCAUGCGCCUGCCGGCCCACCUGCUGCGCGACUACUCGGCAGACGGUCCGCUGUCCAUCAUCGCCGCUGCCUGCGCCGACUUCAUGACAGCGAAGAACAUGAAGCGCAUCGACUGGCAGGCGCCGAACCUGCGCAACCAGGCGCGCGGCUGCUGCACGCCGUGCACCUUGUAUGUGGAGCUGUUUGGGCGCAUCCGCGCCGAGCUGCUGCGGUCGGGGUACGUGCGCACGCCGCACGUGUAUGUGCACCCGUCGUGCGGCGCGGCGGUGCCCAAGCUGCAGGAGUUGGCGCGCAACCUCAAGGCCGAGGUGUCUCAGUCGGAGGGCGGCAGCACCACGCACGUGCUCUACCCCUCAGGCGAGGGCAGCGACCCCGACGACGGCCAGCGAUAUGCUCGCACACUGGAGGUCAAGGGCGGCAGCGCCCGCCUGCACUGGCUCUUCAUGCCCGACUCUUAUGACGAGUGGGUGCCGGCGGCGGCGGCACCCGGGGCGGCAGAGCCUCCGCGCCGCCCGCCGCGCGGGCCCUGGCACGUGUAUGCCCGCUGGCUGACCGACAGUGAGAGGUACAAUGAGUGGAUGAACCCGGGCGACUACGAGACGCCUCAGGCGGCAGAGGAGGCCAAGCGCAAGCGCGAGGCGGGGGAGGAGGGAGAGGAUGCGGGGCGCAAGGCCAAGGCUGCGAGGCAGGCGGGGCCGCUGCCCGAGAUUCAGGCGGGCGCCGGGGAGGCGGUUGCGGAGGGCGUGACCAGGCAGCGCGUGCUGCAGCCCAACCGCAAGGCCAUGGAUGCCGCCACGGCAGGCCAGCGGCCGGAGGGCGUGCUGAUGCCCGAACCGGCGGUGCAGGCGGCGCCAGCGCUGCUGGCGCGCCUGCAGCGGGAGCAGCAGCAGCAGCAGCCGGGUGCCGGGGAAGCGGCGCGGCAGCAGCACGGCGCGGACGGCCCGCAGCAGCGGGAGGCGCAGCGGGAGGGGCUGGAGCCAUACCUGGUGCCCGCCUGCGCCGCCUGGUUCCGCUGGGACGCCAUCGCCGAGGUGGAGGAGGCUCACUUCAAGGACUUCCUGGGGCAGGAUGGGGCGAACCCGGAGCGGUACAGGCAGUACCGUAACGCCAUCAUCAACAAGUACAGGGAGGACACCAGCCGCGAGCUGAGCUUCACCGAGGCGCGGCGCGCGCUGGUGGGAGACGUCAACCUGCUGCGCCGCAUCUGGAAGUUCCUUUCCUCCUGGCAGGUCAUCAACUACCUGGCACGCCGCGUGACGCCGCCCGCGGGCGGGGCAAAGCGGACGCAGCAGGACGCGGCGGUGGUGGGGCUGGCGGUUUCGGGCUCCGAGGCGCUGUAUGGCCCCUCCAAGCGCGUGGCGGUGGAGGCGGGCGCCAUGGCGGCGCUGACGGGCAACGUGGGGGGGCCCAGCGUGCGCGUGCGCGGCACCAUGUUUGGCAACUGGGCCCGCCAGCCGGCGCUGGCCACCAAGGCCGAGUUCUACUGCCGCGGCGCCGACUGCGGCACGCUGUGCACCCAGCUGCGCCACCACUGCCUCAAGAAGCCGGACCUGGACCUGUGCCCCAAGUGCUUCAAGGAGGGCAAGUUCCCUGCGGGCAUGAGCGUCAAGGACUUCAUCCGGCUGGCGGCGGCGGAUGCGGUGCCCGACGACUCGGGGUGGACCGACCAGGAGACGCUGCUGCUGCUGGAAGGCAUCGAGCGGUACGGCGAGUCGUGGCAGCAGGUGGCGGAGCAUGUGGGCGGCAGGAGCGCGAUGCAGUGCGUGGCGCGCUUCCUGCAGUUGCCCACAGAGGAGGCGCUGGUGGCUGAUGCCACGCCUGGACCGCACACCCUGGGGCUGGUGGCCAUCCCACCGCCCGGCCAGGACAGCGGGCUGGCCGCGGCGGCGAGUGUGCUGGAGGAUGUGAUUCCCUUUGGCGAAGUGGGCAACCCUGUGCUGGCGCAGGUCUCCUUCCUGGCCGCCAUGGUGGGCCCCAAGAUCGCCUCGGCGGCGGCGCAGCGAGCGCUGGAGGUGCUUGCGGAGGAGGAUGCGGCGGCGGCGGCGGCGGUGGCGGCUGACCUGGCGCUGACGGGCGACGGCGGCGUGGCCGUGCCCCAGGCGGGCGGCGGGCAGUCCAAGAGGGAAGGCGCCAAUGGCGGCAGCAACGGGCAGGAUGGGCCCCUGCCCGCGGCGCGCGUGCGCCUGGCUGCGGCCACGGGCCUGGCCGCCGCGGCUGUGCAGGCCAAGCUGCUGGCUGACCAGGAGGAGCGGGAGGUGCAGCGCCUGGUGCUGGCGGCGGUGGAGAGCCAGUUCAAGAAAGUGCACGCCAAGCUGCAGUACCUUGAGGAGCUGGACAGCGUGAUGGCCUCUGAGCGCCUGUCGCUGGAGGCGAUGCGGGGCAAGUUCAUUGACGACUACGCGCAGGAGGUGGCCAACAACCUGGCCGCAGGCAUACCGCCGCCGCCCGCCAGGCAGCCGCCCGCCGGCGCGGCAGCGGCGGCGCCAGACUCGGGGCCGGGGGCUGCCCCCGUGGCGGGGAUGGCACCACAGCAGUAG